UAGAAGCUCUCUCAGGUCGUUUCCUCCUAGCAUAUGAUUCGAUCAAGUGGUUCUGUUGGAUGGAAUUGUCAACAGUGCUUAUUAGCAGCAGAUAUACUCCUAGUCCUAGUUAACAGUGAGUGAAGUACAGUUGGAGUUGAUCCCCAUUUCGUCCAUAGAAGCUCUCCUAAAAGAGACAACAAGAGCGAGUGAGCGAGCGAAAUACCCACUGCCAUUCAUUCUACCAAACCAAAUCAAAUUCUCGCUUCUUCUUGGACGCCGGGAACACCAAACCAACGAACAAACGGCGAAUCCAAGUUUCGAUUCGAUUCGGUUCGGUUCCAACUCCAAUCCGCGGCGCCGGCGGCAACAAUGGCGGCGCUCCACGCACUCCAGCGAUCUCAGUGGAGAAUGAGGACUGAGGAGUAGUGAUCUCGAAUCGUGCAGAGCAGGGCUCCGCCUCCAGGGCAGAGGCAUGUCUCUCGCCUGCGGGCUCCCGCUGCUGGAAUGCGUCUACUGCCUGGGAUGCGCGCGGUGGGCGUGGAAGCGGUGCCUCCACUCCGGCGACCGCGACAGCGCCACCUGGGGCCUCGCCUCCGCCGAUGACUUCGCCCCCGUCCCGCGCCUCUGCCGCCUCAUCAUGGCCAACUACGACCACCACCCCUGCCACCCCCUCGACGCCCGCUGCGUCGUCCGCCGCCGCACCUACGCCGACACCCGCGGCCGCGUCACCCCCUACCUCCUCUACCUCGACCACCCCAACUCCGACAUCGUCCUCGCCCUCCGCGGCCUCAACCUCGCCAGGGAGACCGACUACGCCCUCCUCCUCGACAACCGCCUCGGCAAGCGCCGCUUCCAUGGCGGCUACGUCCACAACGGCCUCCUCCGCGCCGCCGCCUGGGUUCUCGACGCCGAGUGCGACCUCCUCCGGGACCUCCUCGCCGACCACCCCGACUACACCCUCACCUUCACUGGCCACUCCCUCGGCGCCGGCAUCGCCGCCAUGCUCACCGUCGUCGUCCUCCUCAACCUCGACAAGCUCGGCACCAAUCUCCACAGGAGCCGCAUCAGGUGCUACGCCAUGGCGCCUGCCAGAUGUAUGUCGCUCAAUCUGGCUAUCAGAUAUGCCGACGUUAUCAACUCUGUUGUCCUGCAAGAUGAUUUCUUGCCUCGGACAGCCACUCCUUUAGAAGACAUUUUCAAGUCAAUCCUAUGCUUGCCCUGCCUGCUGUGUAUCAGAUGUUUGAGGGACACUUGCAUACCUGAAGAUGCUAUGUUAAAAGAUCCAAGGAGGCUUUAUGCACCAGGUCGGAUAUAUCACAUUGUAGAGAGAAAAAUGUUCAGGUGUGGAAGAUACCCCCCAGUGGUGAAAACAGCUGUGCCUGUGGAUGGUAGAUUUGAGCAUAUAGUUCUUUCCUGCAAUGCCACAAUGGACCAUGCCAUUAUUUGGAUCGAGAGGGAAGCACAAAAGGCGUUGGAUUUGAUGCUUGAGAAGGAGAAGACAAUGGAGGUGCCAUCGGAGCAGAGGAUGGAGAGGAACGAGAGCCUGCAGAGGGAGCACGUAGAGGAGCACAAGGCAGCUCUGCGCAGGGCUGUGACGCUCUCGGUGCCGGACGCUCGGUCGCCGUCGGCUUACGGCACCUUCGGCGAGCAGCCGGAGAGAAGCGAGAGCUUCCCGCCGGUGUCAGCGAUGGCCAGGCAGCGUAUGAGCUGGAACGACCUCAUCGAGCGGGUCUUCGACAGGGACGAGUCAGGCCACAUUGUGCUGCGCAGCUCACCUUCUCCCUAGCUGUGCCUGUACAUUCCAUUCCAUCCUCUUUCUUCUUCCUUUCCUUACCCUGGUAUGCACCUUUUCAUCAUCUCUUUUUAUUUUUUUAUGUAUAUGCAACUUCAACUUCUGCUGUUAUUUUUUCUUCCUUAUUAUUCAUUCAUGGUAUCUACCGACGCAUUUUUUGCUGUCCA